AUGUCAUCCGAGUCCAAAGUUCCCAAACUAUCACAAGCGGUCUCGUGGCGCAAUGAACAAUGCACCCUCCCACCCGACAAGGUCUUCUCCAUCCAAAUCGGCACUGAACUCUUCCGCCUCUCGGGUGCCUCGAUAGCGUCUGACGCCCCGUCUUAUUUCUCGCAGUUUUUCGAAGCCCAACUUAACGAGAAUGGAGAUGCGAAUCUGAGGACGUUAUAUAUUGAUCGGGAUCCAGGGACGUUUCGGGAGAUUGCGAGGCAUUUGCAGGGAUACCACGUAUGCCCUAGAAACAGCGCAGAGUUCGUCAAACUAUUCGCAGACGCGCAAUUCUACAGCUUACCUCGCCUAACAUCGCAACUUUUCGAAUCCGACAUCUUCGUACAAAUCGGCGGCCGCCAGUUCCAGAUCCCCCGCGACAUCUUCUCGUCCCCGGGUGAUUCGCCUAAUUUCUUUUCCCUGGGGUUCGCGGAUUUCUUCGCCUCGCCGUUAGAAGUCUUCCCAGGAUUAGAUCGGACAGGGCUGCUGCGGCCACCGGCAAUUGAACCCCCGAGCGUGCCGAAUCGGUCUGGGGAUGUAUUCGCAGAACUGUUGCACAUGCUACGGGGUUAUCCAUUGGAAAUUCGGAGUGCGGAGCAUCGCGAACAACUCCUACGGGACUGUCGAUACUACCACCUCCGCGGCCUAGAACAGCGCCUAAUUCCUCACGAUAUCCGCAUUAACCCAAUCACGCAGCGAUCCGAGAUUGUCAUUCGCCUAGAGGACCUACGACCAUCGGGGCUGGAAUUCAUCCCUGAUGACGACCGACGACAAGUUGGGUGGAUGGGAUACGCCCGGCCCUACACAAAUGAGAAACCGCACGACCUCAUCGUCGAAACCAACAACGAAACUACCCUUAUCUAUCUCACUCGAGUCAGGUUUUCAGGUCCUACCAGCGCACGAGUCGCGAGCCUGGCCCAGUCUGCCGCCAGCAAGUUCUCGCCUGAUGUUUCCCUAAUAGAGGAGAACGAGGAUGCCGUUCCCAUUACCAUAUUGGAUGACGCUGAUGUUACCGUCAAUGGCCAGACUGAUAAUACUCCAGUGAGCCCUGGCGCUUAUCCCCCAGAACUGCCAUCGGCCACAAAACGCCCGCGUCUUGACGAACCGGAGGAUGGUAAAUGGUUCGUGCGGAGGGGACAGUGGCGGGUACGUGUGGGGAAGCCUAUUCCUAGUGAUACGAGAGUGCGAGUGUCCCUUUUCCCGGUCAAGUUGGAGUUAUAUACAAGGCAGAAGGAAUUGAAUCGCACGAGGGGGUUUCUGAGGUGA